AUGCAAGCACUGCGCCUGGCGCGUCCCCGAGCCCCCCUCCGCCCGUACGCUCGCUCCCUCACGGCGACGGCCAGCGGGCACGCGUCGGCGGCCGCAUCCGCGUCGUCCUCGUCAUCAGCUGUCAUUCCGCUUUCCAACGUAGAGGCCCAGUGGGAGCAGCUCUCGCCCGACGAGCAGCUCGCCGUCCACCAGCAGCUCGAGGAGGUUCAGAAGAAGGACUGGAACAGCCUCUCGGUCGACGAGAAGAAGGCGGCUUACUACGUCGCCUUUGGCCCCCAUGGACCGCGUCGCCCGGAUAACCCCCCUGGUACUGGCCCGAAGAUCUUUCUCGCCACGGUUGCUGGUAUAGCCGUUGCUGGCGUUCUUUUCGCCGCCAUCAGGUCCCAGGCCCCGCCUCCGCCGAAGACGAUCAGCAAGGAGUGGGAGGAGGCUUCGAACCAGCGUGCUCUGGAGCAAAAAGCGAACCCCAUCACCGGUAUCUCUUCCGAGGGAUACAGCGGCAAGGGUUUCGUCACGCACAAGUAA